AUGCUCCCACAGCUCAACAAUUUUAAUUGGUAUAUCGAUAUGAAACUUGCACCGAACCACGAUAUCACAGGUGGUCAGCGCACUCAGUCAUCGUGUAUUCUCUGUCUUUAUGUUAAAGAUUCAAUGAAAAAUUCGAGUAGUAAUCAAGAAGAACGUUCUACGCAAGAGACAUUACAGAUUGAAUUAUCAAAAGAGACUCUUUUACUUGUAUUAGACAAUUUCACUCGUAUACGUGAUCAACUUAAUGUACUGGCCAAAAAAGCACCAUCUUCGUAA